AUGAUCUCUCUUCUCAAAGCUGAGGACCCAGACAUGGCCCUUGGGUUCUGCCCUGCUACAGGCAAGCCAUUUGAUUUCGGCUCCUCUCGACUCCUGUGGCAGAGAGAACUCCAGAGUGAGGGAGCAAAUCUAGGCUGUGGUGAGGAGGAGAGAGGGACCGUGAAGAGCCGAGGGGGAGGUGAGGUGUGUUUGGAGCCCAUAGGCUCUGCGAUGAAGAAGAUUUUUGACCUCAGGAGUAAGAAGGGCAAGUCGCCCUUAGGCUCCUUCACCAUCCUGGGGAGAGACAGAGGUCAUCAUAGAACCAGCUUCCAGCCCGGGUACCACAUCCGAGACAGGGACCUCGGAAAGAUCCACAAAGCUGCCAGUGUAGGCAACGUAGCCAAAGUGCAGCAGGUUCUGCUGCUCGGAAAGAAUGGCCUGGACGACAAGGACAAGAUGAACAGGAAAUUGAGGUACAGAGAGGUGCUUUCAAUCACACAAACAGUUAUUUGUUUUGGAACAGUAACACUACAGUUUCCUAAAAACUCCUCUUGCUUUCAUAGGACUGCGCUCCACUUGGCCUGUGCCUAUGGCCAUUCAGCGGUGGUCGCUCUCCUCCUGGAGAGAAAAUGCCUGCUUAACCUCUGUGACAGUGAAAACAAGACCGCGCUGAUGAAGGCCAUAGAAUGCCAAGAAGAGGAGUGUGCAACUCUUCUGCUGGAGCAUGGUGCCGACCCCAAUGUCGUGGAUAUCAAUGGCAACACCGCUCUCCACUAUGCUGUCUUUUGCCAGAAUAUAUCCCUCGCAGCAAAGCUGCUUUCCUAUAACGCCAAUAUAGAAGCCAGGAACAAGGAUGACCUCACACCACUCUUACUUGGCAUAAGUGAAAGGAAACAGCAAAUAGUGGAAUUUUUAGUAAGGAAAGGAGCAAACAUACAUGCGGUUGAUAAGAUGAAAAGCGUUUGUGAACUGAUCUCUGAAUAUAAAGAAAAGAGGCCUAAAACUCCUCCCGAAAAGAGCAACUCAGUGGACAAGAGUUCUGAAGAAGACUCUUUAAGCAGGUUUUCCAACAAACCUGGUGUUGAUUCACAGUUUGCAUCAGAUGAUGAAGUCUUAGAUUUUGAAACGAAGCCUGCCCCGAAACUAAACUUACAAAAGCUAAUGAAGGCUUUUCAGCAAUCCAAGAGAAAAGAAGCAGAAUGUGGCAUUGUGAGACAAGAGAGUACCACCUUCUCGGAGAACAAUAAUUCUGAUAGUGAAAUUGAAGAUGUGGUUGAAACCUUGCCCAAACCAUCACCUGGAGUCCAGGGCUUCUCUCAUCCUGCCUUCCCAAGGCCUGAUCCUCUUCUAAAACCACUCAAGACUCUAGCAGGCCUUGGUCUUGCAAAGGAAGGAGCCACAAAGCCAGAACUUGUUGAAAAAGAAAGUGAUGCUAAUAUCAUUGAAAGGGCUCCCCAAGGGCAAGCAAAUCAUGACCAUUUGACUUCUGUUGAUAGAACACGUGAGAAUGAUAGAAGUGGCAUGAUGUCAGCCCUAGGACUGGGAGAAGAGAAAGAUGUAGAAUCACCUUGGGAUUCUGAGAGUAUCUCUGAGAGCAUUCCACUGAAGUUUGUGGAUCAUUUAUUUGGAGAUCAAAGAGGAAAAAAUACGUUAAAUGGACAAGUACAAGGUGUGUCUUAUAUGCCUUCUUGCGUGAGUGGAUCGGGAAAUUUUAAGAUGGCUAAAUUAGAGGAGCCAAGACAUGCAGGCAUACCAGUAGCCCACAUGGGUUCUCCUGCUGCUGCUGCUGCUAAGUCGCCUGAGAAAUGUCCUAAUGUGAAGCCCACAGUCGGAGUGAAAGAUUCUGUUCCUAAUAAAACAGUCGGAAUGAAGGAUCCACAAACAUCUAGUUCAGAUUGGGAUUUGACUAGUUUGAGCCUCAGUGGUGAGACUUGUCAAAAAGCCGGGCAUUUGAAAGUUGAUCAGCGUCCGUUGGUGUCCCAAUCAGUGACCAAAAAUCAAUCAGCACCCACAGAACUUGGACAGAAGACCGUAACAGAUAAAGAAAAGAUGAAAAACGCAGCGGUGUUUCUGGUAGGGAAUUCCAUGUCCCAUCACCCGUGCCAGUCCCUGCUGCCAGGAAACAGAGGAAGCAAAGAAGAUUUUUCAGAUUGGGAUUUGACUAGUUUGAGCCUCAGUGGUGAGACUUGUCAAAAAGCCGGGCAUUUGAAAGUUGAUGAUCAGCGUCCGUUGGUGUCCCAAUCAGUGACCAAAAAUCCACCAGCACUCGGACAGAAGACCAUAACAGAUAAAGAAAAGACGAAAAACGCAGCGGUGUUUCUGGUAGGGAAUUCCAUGUCCCAUCACCCGUGCCAGUCCCUGCUGCCAGGAAACAGAGGAAGCAAAGAAGAUUUUUCAGAUUGGGAUUUGACUAGUUUGAGCCUCAGUGGUGAGACUUGUCAAAGAGCCAGGCAUUUGAAAGUUGACGAUCAGCGUCCGUUGGUGUCCCAAUCAGUGACCAAAAAUCCACCAGCACUCGGACAGAAGACCAUAACAGAUAAAGAAAAGACGAAAAACGCAGCAGUGUUUCUGGUAGGGAAUUCCAUGCCCUAUCACCCGUGCCAGUCCCCGCUGCCAGGAAACAGAGGAAGCAAAGAAGAUUUGUCAGGAGAACUAGACUUGGAAGUGAUAUUGGAGGAAGAACAAGAAAAACCUGAUGGAGAUGAAAAUAACCGUUUACAGGUUGAAGGAGAAAAGAAGCACAGAAGUAGUGAAGUAAAAGUAUCAGACAAUGUAUGCGAUGCUGCUGCUGAGAGUCGAUUGAUUCAGCAGAGAAAGAGUGGAGGAAAUAACAAGCAGGCGUUUUCUGCUAUGGAGACUAAAGGUUCUGAUAGUCUGAGGACUUCUUUCAGCAUUUCAUAUGAGGCGGGACUAGUGGUGAUGAACUCCCUCAGGUUUGCUUUGUCUGGGACAGUUUUUAUUUCUCCUUCAUUUCUGAAAGACACCUUUUCUGGAUCUUUAUUAGUCGAAUUAUUUGAAAACAAUGCUUUUUUGUGGACUUUUAAAAGUAGUGAUCAUGGUGUGCCCAGGAAGGAAACAGAGAAAAAGAACAAUGGCAAAUGGACACAGGACGAACGUGUGAUUGCACCAAUAUUGGAAAAGACCGAUUCACUGACUGGUGGCCUGCUACACGUGAAUGAUGACAGCAUUUUAAGGAAAGUGGAUCAAGAUGAUGGCAGGACUGCAAGGAAAACAGCAUAUGAAAAGAAGAAGGUUUCUGACAGUGGUAGAAAAGCAAAACGUCAAUUGCGCAAAAACCUCAUGCAGGAUGAAAUUACCAGCCUAAGACUGGAAACAGACACAGUGAAAAAUCAGAACCAGGAACAAGAAAAGAAAUGUUCUGAGGAUAUUGACAUUGUAAAAGGAGAGAAUGAUUAUCCUCAAAAGGCAAAAAAAUUGAGCAAGGAAACAUUGACAAAGGCCAUAUUCCAGCAUUCUGGUCAGCUUAAUGUUCCGAUAGCUGAAAAUACAAUGCUAAACCCUGAGCUGGAAAAUGCAAAACAAAGCAAACAAAGACUGGAAACAGAAGUGGAAUCCUACCAUUCUAGACUGGCUGCUGCCACACACGAUCAUGAUCAAGGUCAGACAUCACAAAGAGACCUGAAACUUGCCUCCCAGAAAGCAGAAGAUAAGAGGUUACGCUUGCAGGACCAAAUGGAGUUCAAUAUGGCUAAGCUGGAAAGUAACAAUGAGAUGCUUUCCCAGCAACUUUCUAAAAUGAAAAAUAAAUUCAAUCAGCUAAAUAUAAAGCUGCAUCAGACCAGAGAUGAUCUCAGAGAAAAGACUUUGAUGUUAGAACGUGUCCAGAGAGACUUAGACCAAACAGAGUGUCAAAGGGAGGAUAUUGAACACAUGUAUCAGAACGAACAAGGCAAAGUGAAUGAAUACCUUGGAAAGCAGGAAUCCUUAGAGGAGAGAUUAUCUCAACUCCAGAGUGAAAACAUGUUGCUCCGACAGCAACUGGACGAUGCGCAAAACAGAGCCGACAGUAAAGAGAAGAUGGUCAUUAGCAUCCAAGACCAGUUACAGCAGAUCAUGAGAAAACAUGCUGAACGUGAGAAACAAGUUCUGAUGCUGGAGGAAAGAAACAAGGAGUUGGUCAACAAAUGGAAUCAUGUAGAAGAGAGAAUGCAUCAGUAUGAAAAUGAGAAAGCAGAAAGAGAAGCAGUUGUGAAACACCUUCAACAAGAACUGUCUGACACCUUCAAAAAGCAGUCUGCAUUGGAGGCAUCCCUGGACGUCAUGUCAUGUCACCGUGCCAAGUUAGAAGUUGAGGCAUUGGAUUUAAAGAGCAACUUACGUCAACUCACAAGUCAGUUUCAAGAAACAAAGGAUCAACAUACAAAGGCCGUGAGAUGUGCUGAAAAAACACAGGAUCACAUCCAAAAGCUUGAAAUUGAAAAUGCCGAGUUACAAACUACAGUCAAAAAGCAAGCGGGCAAAAUCGAACAGCUUCAGAAAAACUUGUUAAGUAUAAAAUCGAUUGAUGAUCUUCCAGCAGAGCUGGAAACUGCACGUUCAGAAUGUCUGCACAUGAAUGCAAAAAUUCAGGUUCUUCAAGAGGAGUUAUUAUCAAUGAAAGGAACACAAAAGAAAUGUGAAAAACUAGAGAAGAAUAAAAAGAAGUUGGAGCAAAAAGUAGUGAACCUCAAAAGUCAUAUAGAAAUGAAUAUGAUAGAAUACAGUCAAGUAGAGCAGUAUAAACAGGAGCUUGAAGAAAGAGUGAGGCAGGAUCUAAUAGAGAAAUUAAGAGAAAUCAACAUGUUUUUACAGAUGCAGCAGGAGUUGGACAGGAGUAUAACCAGAGAACUAGAAGAAGUUGAUGCUGAAUUUGCAUCUAAUUCCUUUAGAGCGUCUCCUUGAGGAUCUACAGAUGGGUCAAAUGUAUAUGAGGACCUACUACUGAAAACAUCACAAGAAUAUGUACAGACUUUGAAGAAAAAAGAUAUGAUUUUAACAAUAAAUAGUAGAAGUUUCCCUACAGGACUGUUUACAUGAAGUUUUCAUUGUUUCCCAUUAAACAUGAUGAGAAAUUAUUUAAGGAAAAUAUUUU